AUGGCUCGCGGUAACCAGCGCGACAAGGCGAGAGAGAAGAACCUGAAGGAGGCAGCCAGCCAGAAGAAGAAAAACGAGAUGAGCGGUACCGAGUUUGCUCGCACCAAGGAGGCUCAGGCUGACAUUAUGCGGAAGAAACAGGAGGCUGGUUCGUGGACCUUUUGGCGAUGGCGUUUGGACGUAGCCGUUGACUGA